ACACACACACACACACACACACAUUACACUACCGGACACUCUUCCUGCCUCGUCAAAACAUCAGCGGGGAAACACAUACAAUGUUUCGUUAAUACCACCACCUGUAUAGUACAUACACUAUCUCCUCAAGACACCACAUGUAUAAAUACAGUAUAUUGUCAUAACACCACCUCUAUAAAUACAAUGGCAAGGAGCGGAACUUCAGCCGCCUUUAUACUUUUUUUUCCCCUUGGCUGGUUUUCCUAUAAGAUAUAAAAAAAAAAUAAAUAAAUAAUGCCUCAUCACACCACCUGUAUAAACACAAUGCCUCGUCACACCAGCGGUAUAAACACAAUGCCUCGUCACACCACCGGUAUAAACACAAUGCCUCGUCACACCACCGGUAUAAACACAAUGCCUCGUCACACCACCGGUAUAAACACAAUGCCUCGUCACACCAUCCACCUGUAUAAACACAAUGCCUCGUCACACCAUCCACCGGUAUAAACACAAUGCCUCGUCACACCACCGGUAUAAACACAAUGCCUCGUCACACCACCGGUAUAAACACAAUGCCUCGUCACACCACCGGUAUAAACACAAUGCCUCGUCACACCACCGGUAUAAACACAAUGCCUCGUCACACCACCGGUAUAAACACAAUGCCUCGUCACACCACCGGUAUAAACACAAUGCCUCGUCACACCACCGGUAUAAACACAAUGCCUCGUCACACCAUCUGUAUAAACACAAUGCCUCGCCACACCACCGGUAUAAACACAAUGCCUCGUCACACCACCGGUAUAAACACAAUGCCUCGUCACACCACCGGUAUAAACACAAUGCCUCGCCACACCACCGGUAUAAACACAAUGCCUCGUCACACCACCGGUAUAAACACAAUGCCUCGUCACACCACCGGUAUAAACACAAUGCCUCGUCACACCACCGGUAUAAACACAAUGCCUCGUCACACCACCGGUAUAAACACAAUGCCUCGUCACACCACCGGUAUAAACACAAUGCCUCGUCACACCACCGGUAUAAGCACAAUGCCUCGUCACACCACCGGUAUAAACACAAUGCCUCGUCACACCAUCCACCUGUAUAAACACAAUGCCUCGUCACACCACCGGUAUAAACACAAUGCCUCGUCACACCACUGGUAUAAACACAAUCCCUGGUCACACCAUCCACCUGUAUAAACACAAUGCCUCGUCACACCACCGGUAUAAACACAAUGCCUCGUCACACCACUGGUAUAAACACAAUCCCUGGUCACACCAUCCACCUGUAUAAACACAAUGCCUCGUCACACCACUGGUAUAAACACAAUCCCUCGUCACACCAUCCACCUGUAUAAACACAAUGCCUCGUCACAACAUAACCAGUAUAAAUACA